AAUUUUUAAUUUUUACAUUAAAUUAAUAAAAAAAUAUGUGUAAUUGCAAACUUGCACUCUGUACCUCGGAUCGUCAGAAAUUUAAUCAAGUGUCUCAGGGAAAAUUGGUUUUAUAAAUUAAAUUUAAGAUAAUGCACUGUAUUCUUGUGAGAGUUAAAUGGUAAAAAGUAGCUAUUAAUUUUUAAAAAAUCAUUUAAUUUGGAGCAACAAUGUGGUAUUAACCUGACGAUCCGAGGAACACUGCCGAUCGCUGGUACACUUCCCUUAUAUACAUAUUUUUGACCAAUUUAUGGUUAAUUUAUUUCAAUAAUUUUAUUUCUAACCAUAAUUAAUAAAUUAAAUUUUAUUUUACAAAGUUUUAUAUUAAUAUUUGUUUAAAUAUCGUGGGGAAAAUGUUUAAUGAACAAAAAUAAAGGAAAACUAAGAACAUAAGAACUAAAAUGAGUUUAUGGUAUUCUAAGGGUCCAAAGUCUUCUGUUGUUAGAGGCCAAAAAAAACUCUCUGUCUCUAACAGUGCCUGUGUUGCUUUUCAGUGGAAAAAAUAAGUUUUUCGCCGAAAUUUGAUUGUAAAAUAAUGUUUUCUGUUUAGCCUGGUUAUGUCCUGAUGGUUUUGUUACAAUUAUUAAUAUUAUGUUGAAAAUUAUUAAUAUUUCCCAUUAAGUAUUAAAAACAUUAACACUUACUACAAAAAUUUGAAUUUAACAUGGUUUGUGUUCUUAAAUAAAUUAUUAUCUUAAAUUAUUAAUAGACAAAAUUUAUUAAGAGGAUCAAAAACAUCAAAAAUUGUUUCAGUAAUAUGAAUAAUUGCCUCGUUUUUAGAAGUUUCUAUCCUCCUCCAAAUUUUUGAAUAUUUUUGCUCAUUGACCAGAAGAAGGUGUAAAUAGAAUUGCAGUUUUAAUUUAUAAAAUCAAGGGAAAAUAGCAAGGAAUCUAUGAAACAAUGUGACAAUCGACAAUCUUUGUAAUAUUUGUAAUCUGCAAUUGAAUAAUCGUUCUUGGUACAUCCACAAGAAGACGUCCGUGAAGGAAAGAAAUAAGGAAGAUCACUGAAGGACAUUAUAUCGCUUCACCGUUACCAUUUUCUGAAAAUUAUGAACCUCACAGAAACUCUGAUAACCUCAUACAAUGUGGAAUCGGUCGGAUCACUUAAUGUCACAUCACUAGAUCUUUACUCCAAGAACUUAACAAGGCAAUUCAACAUAGGAGUUAAUCCCAUUUAUCUGUCCUCUUCUGCUCGUCUCGCAAUUCUAUCUUGUCUUUUUGUGAUUGGAAGUCUCGGCAAUGUCUUCCUCAUCACGUCCUUCACGAUUGAAGAUCAUCUCAAGAAAGUUGGAAAUGCUUUUAUUGUGAGCGCAGCUCUGGCAGAUCUUCUCAUAACCAGCCUUUUGAUUCCUACUUCUAUAAUUCUACUUAUGGCACGAAUUGCUAAUUCGGCUGAUUCAAUGUCUUUUUGCAAGUUUGAAUGGUUUCUCGCUGUAUUUGCAUUUAUGGUCAACAUUCUCUCGUUGUUGAUGAUUGCCGUGGAGAACUACUUUCGUCUGUGUGCACCCCACGAGCAUACCACCAAGAUCUGGUUCAAUAAAUUCUCCAUAACAGCUACCUUCCUGCUCAUUUGGAUUAUUAGUGGGAUGCAUUCUGGGAUGGAAGUUUUAUUUAGUUUGGGAUUUGAUCACUGCACACGUAAAUUCACUGGAAUUGUACCCUAUCAAAUGGGAAUUCUAAUCUUGCUAAUUAUCCUGCCUAUCUUCCUCACUUUUUAUACGCAUGUCCGGAUUAUCCUGGAUGUGCCACGGUUUGUGGGAACGAUCAACAUUAAUCGCUGUGACGUAGUUCUAGCACGCACCAAUUUCUACAGCUUCAUCAUCUUCAUCAUCUUCUGGAUGCCUUUUGUGAUCUUCAUCUACAGUACAACUAAGAUCAUCCCCACCUCAGAGAUACUUUAUUGGUUGGGACUGAGCAAGUCCUGCUUCAACAAUAUCGUGUACUGUCUCACCAAUCGUCACUUCCGGAGAGCAUAUGGGAAACUCUUUCAGUACUGCUUUUGCAAGGAAAUUUUACCCACAUCCAGAAGCAGCAGCAGAAGAAGACGAAAGCCUUGUCAAUUUUAUCCGCAGUACAAGUGGAACUAUCACUGGUACUGGGGCGAUGCCUUACCCAAAAUUUAUAACGUCGAAUCCAGGAAUGAUCUUCAAUGACCAAGAGAAGUGCGUGGUGGAUAAAUACUGAAUCUCAAACUCAAAAUUGUACAGUAAUUGCAAUUUCUGCAACCACCCUCAUGAUCAUCACUAGCGCAUUGUCCACAAAUCUUAGUAUGUCUGCAUUUCUCCAUGAAAUGUCCACAUUUCUGGCACAUAACACAUCCCAUGAAGAGAGAAUUGUUUUUAAGUAUGCAAAUUUUAGAAGAGAUGACAAAGCAUCACAGCUUUUCGAAUUUCGAACUGCUCGAACUCACGCAAUAGACCUCUCUAUAAAUAAUCUUCGUGCACUAUUUUUGGGUCCAUCCAUAUCGAUUUACUUCUGAUUUAAAUUUAUCCAUAAAUCACGAGAAUAUUAUUCCAAAAUUGAAAAUAAAUCAUCAUGAGGCUCAGCGUGGUUUGCGAGGCUAAAACGUAUAUUUGUCUCCUUUGUUUCAGAGGCAGCCAAAAUCCCAAAAGCUGAAAUCCUGAAAGCCAAAAUCCAGAAUGUUCAAAAUCUCGAAAGGGAUAAAGUUAUAUCGACCGCUCAGAAUAAGAAACGAUCAACUCGCACUAGGCAAAUUUUCCAGGAGAGCGAUUUGAAGCUGAGAUUUUACAUGCAGAGUAGGGGAAAGGCUCAUAAUGUUGUACAGUUUCUUAUUUUGGACAAUUUGAGUAUAAAAUUGGACACUAAAAAUAAAUUGA